CAUCUCGCCAAUUUUUUGGGAGGAGAAUCCAAUUAUGUUUUUUUUGUAUUUUCCACAAUUCAACUCCAUCUUUUUGUACCAUGUUCUGUCUUCGCCGAGCUCUCUUUAAAGAGUCUUUAAAUUUUCUGCACUCCACUUGGCCAUCUCGCGUGCUCUCUUUCUAUCUUCUUCCUUAGCCGGGUUAAUCGAUAAAGUAUGCAGCCGCAAGAGUCCAUUAUCUCACACCGAGUACUUGAGGCUUGGCAGUAAUAAAGAAACCUUUAAAGAAGAAAAAUAACGUUACGCGUAUUGUGCGGAAAAGAAUUCACUGAACGGUCUCAGGCUUUGAUUGGUGCUGGAAAAAACCGGACGAUAUUAUCCGAUGAAAAAUAUUCGGAAACUUGAGUUCGAGUUGGAAGAUUUGGAUUAUCGAAAACUCCACGCGAUGCGAGCAUGCUCUUAUGAUAAUUGCCAAUUAAUAAACGGAGCAUCUAAUUACAUGCAUAUCCUCGUACAUUUUUCAUCACCAAGUUCGAUCGGCUUUGAGUCUCAGAAGAACAUAAUAACUUAAAGUAAACGUAUAUUUUGUUUGAAACUUUCCUCGAGUUCAUCGCUUCGUCGAAAGUGUAUUAGCACUUUCUGCAAACUGUACGAAACAAACUUUCUUCCGGCUGGAUAUAAUAUUCACUAGCGAAAGUAUUAUAAAGAGCUACGCAGAGGUUGGGAAAACAUGGACCACCCAGGUGUCGAGAAAAGUUUUUUAUUGCGCUACGAGUGCCAGCGAGAACGAGGAAAAGCACAGGGUGAAAAAAAUAAUGUAUAAUAGUGAACAGAACGGAAGUUGAAUUUAGCCGGUGCCAACAACGAGUGACAUUGGAUUAUGUGAGAACAAAAAUAUAAACACGGUGGGGCUUUCUAAAGGCGCGAGGAAAUUUUAAUUAAAUAUUCAAGUGAAACAGUGCGACUGUACUAAUUGAAUAUUAUUACCGGGAGCAAAACGAUUCACGAGUAUUUCACAGGCUCUUGGAUGCUUGAGGAAACUAUAUGUCAAAAUAAUACAGCAUCGAGCGCAAAAGUGUCGGUUACGAAGUUAAGGAGCAAAUGUCCAAAAUGUUGAGACUCGAGCUAGUGGGAAUCGUUUUAUUAGCGUGCACCCAAAUACUUACCGAACAUCGAGAUUUUUACGGUCCCUAUAAUCAGUUUGGGCAUCAGAGGAGCGGCCCUCGCCAGCAGGACUGGGACGAUGGCAUCAUGACAAAGGAAGUAGAAGUCAAGGAGGGCAAACUACGCGGUAUGGUCAGAAAACCUACGACAAACCAACGUUUGCAGCUGGUCGACGUAUUCCUCGGUGUUCCGUACGCCGAACCCCCGGUUGAUUCUCUCCGCUUCUCGCCACCCAAAUCACCACGACCAUGGCGAUAUGUCAGGAGAGCGGAGGAAUUUGCCCCCGUGUGUCCUCAGAACCUGCCCGAUCUCAGGCUCGAAGUGGAGCCCGGACGUCACGAGUAUUUGGAGAAACUGUUGCCUUAUUUAAGGAACCAGAGCGAGGAUUGUCUGUACCUGAACAUCUACGCUCCGCAUCAGGUCGAUGGAAAUCCGAGACGAUAUCCAGUUAUGGUUUUCAUACAGGGCGAGAGUUUCGAGUGGAACAGUGGAAAUCCGUACGACGGUACGGUCAUAUCGGCUUAUGGAAACGUCGUAUUUGUCACGAUAAACUUUCGCCUCGGAAUAUUGGGAUUUUUGAAGCCAGGUAUCGGUGACAACGUCGCGAGCAAUUUCGGCCUGCUGGAUCAAACCGCAGCAUUGGUAUGGCUUCGGGACAACAUAGCUAAAUUUGGGGGUGAUCCGGACAGCAUGACGCUGGUUGGACACGGGACGGGAGCGAUAUUUGCCAAUUUGUUGCUCAUUAGUCCAGUGGCAAAUAAUAAAGAUCUCUUCAGGCGAGCCAUUCUUAUGUCAGGAUCAGCUUUAAGUUCUGACGCCAUUGGAAAAGCUCCCCUUCAGUUCACUCAACAGGUUGCUCACGCGUUGAACUGUCCAACCGACGACGACAACAAUCUGGCUGCCUGUCUUCGUCAGCGCGAUCUCAAGUCCCUGCUCCAAGUGAAGAUCGCGAAGCCUCGAUUCGUGCCAUCUUACGCACCCAUCAUCGAUCCCGCCGUGAUACCACGAAUGCCUCUCACAGUAAUGCAGAACUCCUUUGCUAAUGCAGAGUCCUUAGGAAGUUUUGAUCUCAUGUACGGUGUCACCGAGUCUGAGAAAUAUCAUCUCCUGUCGCCCAUCGAAGCGCUCCACGGUAUGCUCGACCAGGAACGUGACAACGUUCUCAAAGAACAUCUUCAGCUAACCCACGAUGGCUACAAUAUUGACCGUACACUCAAUAAGAUUCUCGGACACUACGGUGACUUCAAGGAAGGUUUCACAGGCGAGUACACGGUGAAAAAUCGAGAUCUUGCCCUUAAGGUUUUGUCAGAUAGUGGGACCGUGGCUCCUCUCAUGUUGGUUGCUGAUAUUCACUCUCGAGUGAAUCCAAAAAGCUACAUGUACGUUUUCUCGCAUCGAAAAGCUUUGCAGGACUACACAAAACAACAAUCACGGCAGACUGUUCACGGUGAUGAAAUUCCUUAUGUGCUCGGUGAACCAUUGAACGCUGGAAGAUACCACUUUCUAAAUGAUCGUUACAACAUCGACGAGAUCCUUUUUUCCGAAGCUAUGAUGACCUGGUGGUGUAACUUUGCUCAUACAGGCAACCCGAAUGCACCGCGUCGACUGACGUAUAUGACUGAUAGUCCGCGAGAGUGGAUGCAAUACGAGGUCGAUUGGCCCGAGUACAGUGAUGUGAAUCGAUCGUAUUUCAAUCUGACGAUUCCACCGAACGUGGGAACCAAUUAUCGAGCCGAUGACAUGCGAUUCUGGAACAAUGAAAUGCCAAAUCUGAUAAGGCCGGAAGGAUCCAAGCUGCCUAUUUUCGAUUACCCUGAGGGUAUGGGAAAUUAUUCGAUUGAGUCACGGCCAGGAUACAAAUCGUCACCACCAACUGUUAGGCAGGAUCUCCAUGUGACUUUUCCACCUCCCGCUACCGUCAAAACCCCUGUCAGCGAUGUGAGAAACGACACAAUAGACACGGAGAAUGGGACAGUGCGAGGGUCAUCAGCGAUCACGAUGGUCAUAGGAUUUGGCGUGGUAUUUUUACUGAUAAACGUCACAGCUUUUUUCUAUCUUUAUCACAGGCGUCACAGUCUCAAGAGCGAGGAAAAAAAAUUGCGAAGACGAAUCAGCACAAAAAAAGAUGAGGAUCCGACAAAGAAGACGAAGACCCUGAAGCAUAAGCAGCAACGAGUGGAUAACGUUGAAAUGGGCCAAAAAAGUGACAGUAAACCAGACAUAAAUGAGGUCAUAAAGAACGACAAAGCGUACGAUAAUAAUUCAAAUUUCGGCCGAAGAUCAAAACUCUCUCGGCAAAAUUCAUCCUCCACUAUCGAUACCCACAUCAAGGUCAAGGAAUGGAUACAACAAGAAAUUGUUCACCGGUGUUCACCGAGAUUCCUGCGAAAGACGCGUGAGACUCUGCAGAAGGAGCAUCAGGAUCGUCUGACCAAACAACAGCAGAUUGAAGAAGAUGAGGAACGAAAGCGGUUCGACGAGGAAAAACUACGGGACGUGACAGCAGCCCCUACGUACGAGGAGAAUCCUGCAUUGAUUGUACGUCCGGGAAAAAAAUCAAAACCCCCGAAAGUUUCCGUAGCCAUUGACGCGACUCCAGCAACGAGAACCGAAUCGAUACUCAAUCAAAUUCCCAUUGAACUAGUAAAAAAUAUGGAAAUGAUGAACGAUCUCGGUGGCUACGAUACGGACAUGGAGCGACCACUCGCAAAGCCACAAAUCGUCGUUAUCGAACAUCACCAUUCACGGAGCGAUCCUCUCCCUAUGGAGAACGUAUUCAAAUGUGUCAAACCGAAUUUUUCAACAACGAGAAUCUACGAGUCGGAUUCGGGCAGCGCGAGCAGUCUUUACGCUAAAAUUAAUCCCAAAUUGAAGACACGCUUGCCGAGACCUGGACAAGAGACUACUCCGGAAGGAGCGGGCGCUGACAGCAACCGCCCUAUUCAAGAGACUCUGAACGAGGACAUUUAUGGGCAAGGAAUUAACAAAUUGACGACUUUUGGCGCGAAUGAACCUGUCGCUGACAUCAACGUGACCUGCAGAGAACCCACCACUGACAGACAAGUCAUUAGCCCUGAAGAGGCACUUAAGACAAUCAAGAGACGAAACUAUCCAAAAGUUCUGCCAGACAUCGAAAAGAGACGUUCCCUACCCGCCCCAAAUAGUUUAUACGUCCCCAGGCUAUAUGGCACUCUAUCAAAGGAUCAUCGACAUGGACCCGGAAAUGCCUCAACCACUGGCCAGCCUCCUCCACCGCCACCAAGAAUGUUUGGAACUUCUAAAAGUUUGGAUCUCGCCGAAGAGGUCGAAGAUCGGGAACCCAUCACGACAAAUCUCCACGUUGGGCCUUUGCUCAAGAGACAGGAUUCCGGCACAGGUAAUAAUUCCGAUCCAAAUCUUAUAGACUCGUUGGAAAGAGUGGCGAUAGACGCGCAAGAAGUUUUGUCCAAUCAUCGGGUCGAGUAUCCCGAUAAUCUGGGCUCCGGUGGAAUUACGACCAAUCCGAAAUGCCCACUGCACGGUGGUGGGUUUGGUUUUGAUCAGGGAAUCGCCGAAGCGAGUACCAGCCAGUCGGUUGACUGUCUUGAUCGGAAUCUUGGUAAUCCCAAUUGGUAUCGUAACAAAGAAUCACAGAGUGUCGGUACCAAGACGGCUGCUAAUUCCUCGUUGCCAAAUAUUGUUGGCAACCCCAAUUGGUACAAGCCAGUUAUAAAUAAAAAGGACAAAGACGGUGAACCUCCACCGGACAUUUUGUCAACUCCGUUGAGAAGCAAUUUAGACGUUGAAAGAACUAAUGAGUUCAAACAUCCUGCUGAGCCGAAAAUUGUUAUCACCCCGAGAGUGGGAAAUCUUCUUGGACAAUCCGGACAAAAUCUCAGUCAAGCCGCCUCUGGUUUGACUGUGCCAAAAGACGUUCCUGAAGAACCCAGAAUCGUCAUAACACCACGGACCGGGGUAGUCGAUCACCCUCAUCCUGGCGCAAGGGGAAAAUUGAACGAUGGUCAUCAAAUUCCAUCCAGUCCAGUUGACCCCCCAGCAAAAGGCACCACAACCUUCUUCAAUCCGUCACACGUGCCUAAGGAUGACAGACCCGAACCCAGAAUAAUAAUUACCCCGAAGGAAGUGAAGAAUCCUCCAGGAGGAUCGAACCUCAAGCAACCAAAAAUAAUCAUAAAACCAACGGCUGUGCCUACGAAGAAUCGGGACCAGAGAAAUAUUCCUAAAGUCCCAGCAAUACCCUCACCAGAGGCGCAAAAUUAUCAAAACUUCGAAAAAGACACGAAAGGCCCGGAACAACCGAACGAGGCGAUUCUACGACUGGAAAAACCUCCCUUGAAGGAGAAACCGAAGGUUACGAGAAUACCAUCAUUCUCACGACGUAAAGACGAUCGUUCCGGCAACAACGCCAAACCGACCGAUCAACAAACCGAUGCUGGCCACCGAGCACACGCUCUUCCAUCCAAUCAGGAAAAAUCCAAUAUACCAAGCUUGUCGAAAAAGGAAUCAGACUCGUCGACGAGUACGAGCACUUCGAGCAAUUCCAACACCAAUACCAUCAAACGUAAACCAACCAUUAAAAAGUGAAACGAAUCGAACCAUUGUUUUACGCCAUUCUCGCGUAUGAUGGCUAAAGUCAAACAGCAUGAAAAAUCGUACCCUGACAAACUAUUAUUGGCUCAUAAAUAGUCCAAUGAACGUACGUAGAUUUUCCUAGAAGACAAAACGAAUUCUGUUUUACUGAAAAUCGCCAUUUCCACCCACGACAGCAGGGAAAAGUAUUUUAUCUAAAUACUUGAAUGAUAUUUUCCGAAAUAUGAUUUUUCCAUACACAUUUCUGACGAGUAAAAAUCGUUAUUUUAUAAUUUCCUACGUAAUUACUAAAUCACCGAGUGCCUCUAGAUCAUAAGGUCCUCCAAGUGAGCUAAGUAUAUUUGUACAUACGUGAAUAUUGUCAUGCUAAAAACAAUAAUCAAGACUGUUCAGACUCAAAUAUCUUGAGGCGAGUAACAUUAAUAUUAAAUACAGCUAUCUUCUCUUACUUAAUUUGUAAGGUCACGUUUACUAGAUCAUAGAAAAGGAGAAACGAAUCGUACAAUUGGAUAACUAUUUGAGAACCAUCGAAAAACCAUUGAGCUGUAUAAAAAUAACUUUUAUAUAACGGGUCUGAGUUUAUAAUAACAUUUGUAUUUAUCAACGUUUAGUCAAAUUUUCAAUAUCGCUAUGAACACAUAUUUGUAUAUGAAAAUCCAUCGUGUUUUUCAUGAAAUAAAUCAUUUUCUUACUUUUUCA